CUGUAUCAUGUCUCCCUCUCGCCGCCUAUUUCUCGAUUCCCCUGACCCAGGGCAGGCAGGCCACCAUCGCGUGAAGCCAUGGCACGGCACAGGGUACGAGAACUGUACAGCGUAGUCUUCAUUGGUGACUGGUGAGGUGACUGCUGUGCUGUUCUUUUGGGGGGGAGAGGGGAAUCUGCUAAUUAGCGCCGAAGCUGUUCCGUCUAGCGUCCCUCCUCCGCACCCCUUCCCCCUUCCCCCUUCCCCCUUCGCCCACCACUUGGUUGACUUCGGCACAACGCACAAUGCGCACCGGACUUAGUCCAGUUGUGUAUCAAUUGAACGCCGCGUAGUACCGGGUCCCAAACAUUUAGGUUCACUCCGGCGUGGGGUUACCCAGUUACCAGUCUAGUCACUACCGCACCGCUGGCUAGGCGAUGUUACGUUGACAACCCCGGUGCUGUUUCGCCACAUCACGUUCCCAUUCUUUCAUGUAGUAACGGAGACCGCGACGCCACGUCAUCAUUUUGACGUCCAGCGCGUACCUUAAUAAGUCGUAGGCGGCUGCGCAGUCGCGGCACAGUCGCAGCGCGAAACGCUACUGCAAUAUCACGUCGCCGCAUUCUGCGGGAACCUUACGAAAUGGAGCCUAGACCUAGGAGUGCUUCGCGAAAGCGCUGCAGUAGAAUAGGGUUACCAUUCGCGAGGGUAACAGAAGUGCGAGAGUGCCUCGCAUGGAUGAGACGACCUCGGAUCGCGAUUCUGCUGUUGAGCGUCGUCGCGAUUAGCUCCGCAGCUCACGCUGAAAGUCGCGCCGUCUCUCGCGCCGCAAAUGACGCGGGAAGUAGUAACGCAGCUCGUUUGGUGCCGGACAUGGUCGAAACUUCUGAGAAAGGGAGCUCGAGACAGCAACGGAGAUUGGACGACGCAUCCGAUGGGGCUUCGCUGGCGAAAAGGGAUACAGAGGACGUGGCGAAAACAGCCGAAAAUUUAGGGCCGGAAGUUACACCUUCGUCGACGCAGAGGAUCGAAGAGGCAGGGCAAGGGGUGAGGGACUUGGGCUCAGAAAAGCACAGGAGUAACGCGGAUAAAAAAAUGGCAUCAGUAGGAGUAACUGGCAGUACUACAUCGGAUAAACGGACUCUGUUGAGUAACUGGUGGAGCUUUUUAAAGUCGCUCUGGUUGAGUAACGAGUCCGCUCCAAGCGCGGACGACGGCGAGGGGACUCUUGGAGGGGAGCGAUUGGAAGAGGGACAAGAGGAAGAAGGGGAGGAAGGGGAGGAAGGGGAGGACGAAUACGCAGGAGAUGAAGAAGAGGGGGGAAAUGAGGAGGGGGAAGAAGCGGGGGAGGACGAGGAGGGGGAGUGGGACGCGGACGCGCUAGGGGGAAUAAGUGCGGAGGAGCUAGCGGGGCUUUGGCGGGCGGGAGACAACGCGGAAGAAGGGGGGGAAUGGGAGCGGGAAGGGGAAGGGGAAGGGGAAGCGGAGCUAGAAGCGGAACGGGAAGGGAGAGAGGGGGAGGGAUGGGAACCCGAAUGGAGCACGAGGUGGGAGGGCGAGCGGGGAGUUGGGGGGGACGGCUGGGAAUUGUCGGAGGAAGCGGAAGAAGCGGCGGAAGCGGCAGAAGCAGAGGCGGAAGGCGUUGCGGGCAGGGAGGGGAGCGGAGAGCCUCGGGAGGGCAGAUCUGUGGUCGAGGACGGGCCAGGUGAGGCGGAUGUGACAGCAACGAGCGAGGCGCAAACGCCAUGGACGAGCGAGUUCGAAGUCGACCUUUCGCUAAAGGGACCGCAGCGAAUGUCAGCGCGCUCCCUUAUCGCUACUGGCGGUGUGACUCCGAUUGCCAGAUCUAGCGGCGGAAAGACAACCGUCGUUCCUACGAGCGUCGGGAAGCGGACGCAGCCGCAGAGGAGGCGGAGGAGAGGUGGUGCGAGAUUCGGUUUCGCGAAGAAGUUGCGAAAACAGUUUCGCUCGCGCUUUAAGCGGGGGUCGUUGCAGCUUUUGAAUCUGAUUUGGAAUAUCGCGAUAAAGGUUAACAAUACGAAGCAGUUUGGAUCGCUGCGGACGAUUCUAACCGCCGUGAUUACAAAGGGCGUGAUUGUUGCCGCGGAAGCGCUCGGCUUGGGGAUUCCGGAGGGACGGGCUUUUAUCGCGACGCUCGUCAUCGUCGCUCGAUCGAAUGCGACAGCUGGCGAUGCUUCCAGUGCUGCGGGAAUUGCGGCUGGAAAUUCGACUCUUUCUCCGGCCACGUUCAUUUACGACGUUGCGUUCAUUCCAACAAACAACACCACUAACCGUACAGUUCCCGCUCCGCCUCCCCCUUGCGCCUCUCCCCCUGUGCCAGUUCCCCCCCCGCUCUCUCCCCCCAGCAAUCCCUCCCCUGGCGAGCUGUCCCCCCCAAUCUCCCCCUCCCCCGUGCAAAUGUCUCCUUGCAUUCCGCCAACUCCCCCCUCUUCCCCCGGAAAUUUCCCUGCUCCCCCCCUCAACUCCCCCUCCCCAACUCCCCCCACCAACAACUCGUUAGAAUCACCACCGUUACAGCCACCACCACUGAGCCCACCCAACCCUGCCACACCAACUCCAGGCUCGGUUUCCGAGCCUCGCCCUCCUCUGGUGGUGGGUUCCACCAGCACCGUUUUCCAGUUCGAUUCGCCCUCGCCCCAAGCCUCCAGCAGCAGCAGCAGCAGCAGCAACAGCAGCAGCAGCAGCGGUGGAAGCAGCAACAGCAAUACCCCAUCAGAACCACCCAAGCGACAGCUUGCCACCAUAUCUCCCUCCCACUACCAAACUUCAAGGUCACUUGCAGCCUCGGCAGGCGUUGGAGGUUCGGCAGCAGGUUCGGCGCAGGGCAUCAACUACGUGUUUCCUUCCUCCACCCCGUCCUGCUCCUCUGGCCCAUUCGUCUCGAUGCUCUUCAUUCCCCUCAGACCCUCCUGCCCCACUCCCCCCAAGACAAGACAACUCACUGUAAUCACGUACAAAAACAUUCGGUAUCUCCGGCUGCGGUUCGGGCAGCCCGGGAAAGGUUGCCAGCGCCUCUAUAAGUUUCAGCUGCCCAACUUUUUGGGGCGGCUGGUGAAAGGGCCGGUUGCAAUGCGAGUUUGUGCUCAAGGAAAGCCGAAGAUGAGCUCAUGUGGCAUCAUGUACCUUACUGCUGCUGUCCCUUCGUGUAGACGGUGACAUGCUGAAAUACACCCUUGUGUACCAG